GUUGUAUAUAGUAACACUAUAGAUGAGACUUCCGAAGAAUGUCAACAAAGACUUAAUUGUGAACAACAACAGUGUUAUCGUAAAAACAAAAGAAAUAUGGAAUCUGAAGGCUCUACGGGACUUGACCAAUUUUUAGAUCCAAGUUUUAGCAUUACCUCAGAAGAUAACGUGACUACCUCCACUGAGCAAGAAGAAUUACCAUAUCCUCUCAACACUCUUCUUACUAGAACAGAUCCAAGUGUGCAUUUAUUUAGGAAAAAUAUUAGGUUGUAUAAUUCAGCUUUGACUUUUACGUCUAUGGGUGCAAAGGUUGAUCAUAGUAUAACAGGAACAAGUGGCAUUUACAGCUUUUGUGUUCAUGGUGAAAUGUAUUAUAGCAUAGGCACAAUACUUCCUGAUAAUGAAGUUUACCCUCAGUUUGCUCAAAUAUAUGUGUAUGAUACUGAGCAUGAAUUGCAAAACAGAAUGAAU